GCCAGAGCACUGCUCAGCUGUGGUUUACAGUGGUGUGGUGAAUUAAAUCUUGGACUUUGGAGCCUCAGGCAUGAAAGACUUUGUGCAUAGCCAUUAUGCUAUCUCCCCAGCCCCACUAUCAGCAUCUUAAACCUAAAAAGUCCCAACUCCUGAUCUCUUCUGUAGAUCUACUCUAUCCACUGCCUCCCCAUCUCGGCUCUGCCCUUCCAGACACCCGCCCUGAUCCUGAGAUAAUCUGAGAUUCCUCCUUGGCUCACGCCCGCAGUUCACCCAUGCAAAUCUUGGGGCCCGGCUACAGUCAGAGUGCUCCUUUCCACACUCCCACCAUACUGCUCUCUCUUGUUCUGCUAUGCAGGGCGUGACUAGAACCCUGCUGAGAACCACACGCCCUUCUCAUUCACAACAGCCGCCCCUUGUUCUGCAUCCUCCUUAUGUCCUGAUUACCUCAAGCGCUGUCCCAGCGCUGCACUGGACAUGCACCCAUUCAGGCCUUGCCCUCUCUACCUUCUCAGGGCUCCUCCAGCCUCCAAGGCCCCAAGCUCCAAACCCUCCAGCUCAGCCCAGGGCUCCAGCCUUUCCGGGCUGGUUCAGGCAGACCCAGAGGCGCUUGCAUUUGGGAGCAGGAUUUCACAGGGGCCUCGGAUUGGCUGGACAGGGCCACAGACCCCGCCCUGUCCAGCCCAGUGCAUGCGCAAAGGAGAAGCACCGGUUGCCAGGGCAACCAGAGGUAACAACUCGAGCCCAGCGGGGUGUCAGCAGGCCCAGGUCCCGGGCGGGCAUGUGCGCCGCGGAGGUGGACUAUCACGUAGCCCGGAGAUACCUGCUCAAGCGGCGGCUCGGAAAGGGGGCUUAUGGCAUCGUGUGGAAGGCAGUGGAUCGGAAGACUGGUGAGGUCGUGGCCAUCAAGAAAAUCUUUGAUGCCUUUAGGGAUAAAACAGAUGCCCAGAGGACUUUCCGGGAAGUUACACUACUCCAGGAAUUUAGGGGCCACCCCAACAUCAUCCACCUACUUGAUGUGAUCCGGGCAGAGAAUGACAAGGACAUUUACUUGGUGUUUGAGUGUAUGGACACCGAUCUGAAUGCUGUGAUCUGUAAGGGAGGACUAUUGAAAGACAUCCACAAGCGCUACAUCUUCUACCAGCUUCUGCGAGCCACCAAGUUCAUCCACUCAGGUGGUGUCAUCCACCGGGACCAGAAGCCAUCCAACAUCCUCCUCAAUGCCAACUGCCUGGUGAAACUCUGUGACUUUGGCCUUGCCCGCACACUGAGUGGCUUCCCUGAGAAGCCUGAGGGCCAGGCCCUGACAGAGUAUGUGGCCACUCGCUGGUAUCGGGCUCCGGAGGUGCUACUGUCCUCAAGCUGGUACACCCCUGGGGUGGACAUGUGGAGUUUGGGCUGCAUCUUGGGGGAGAUGCUUCGAGGGAGGCCCCUGUUCCCUGGCACAUCCACGCUCCACCAGCUGGAGUUGAUUCUGGACACCAUCCCACCACCAUCUGAGGAGGACCUCCUGGCUCUCAGUUCCAGCUACAGUGCCUCCAUCCUGCCCCGCCUGGGCUCUGGGCCACGGCAGACACUGAAGGCCCUGUUGCCUCCUGACACCCCCCUAGAGGCUCUGGACCUCCUCAGAAGGCUCCUGGUGUUUGCCCCGGACAAGCGACUCAGUGCCACUCAGGCCUUACAGCACCCCUACUUGCAGAGAUUCCACUGCCCCGCCCGCGAGUGGACCCUUGAGGCAGACGUGCGACUCUCUGUGCCUGAAGAAAUCCAGCUCUCUGCUUCUGAGUACCGCAACCACCUCUACCAGAUAAUCUUAAAGCAAGGCCAGAGCUGCACCCCCAGAGAGAAGGACCCGGAGGACACCGCACCGCUGGCUGCAGAGGGCAGAGCCCCGCAGAAGCACUCACUCCAAUGCGGGGUGCUCCCCAAGCUCUCCUCUGGUACAUCCGUACAGGACUCAGGGCUUAAGCUCCAUAGUGGGCCUGACCAUCGCCAGAUGCACGUAGCAGAAGCCAGAGGAACUCACCACAUUACCCGGCAGAAUUCGGGUUCCCUGCUCCAGCUUGUGCUUCCAGACAGACCAGGGAAAGGGGACAAGUCCUCAAGGCCGCAGGGGGACACCCCCAAGGCCCAGGCGCAGAAGCCCGGCGUGAGGGGGAAGGCGCCCACCCUGGCUUCUCAGGCCGCAGCCAAUGCAGCCCACCGAGCACUGAUCCGGAGGGAGCCGAACCCGGCCACUGGAGCUAGGAAGGUUGGCACGGGUGCUCGACAGGCGCUCCACCAGCCCCCACUGGAGACCAACCCUGAUCCACGGCCGGGCCGGAGGAUGUUCAGCGCGUCUGCCCUGCAGGGGGCCCAGGGUGCCGCCAGGGCAGUGCUGGGGGGCUACUCCCAAGCCUACGGGACCGUCUGCCUCUCGGCACUGGGUCGCUUGUCCCUGCUGCCAGGACCCCGUGGGUGAGACACCCGACUCAGGGCUUGCGGCUCAAGCCCAGCGUCCUUGACCACCCUUACCCCAAACUACAGUUCCUUCUUCCUCCCACCCCUUCCCCAGUGGUCCCCACCCCUCCUCAGUUCCCAACCCCUAAUCCCCAACCCCUUGAGGUGCCCAGUGCUCUCCACUCACUUACCUUGCUCCAGAGUGGGGACCCUUUCAAGUUUUGGGGAGCUGGUGUUGGCCUCUCUGGAAAUAAAUGAUGUACUCCCA